AUGCCUGUGUCUUCUCUCUCUUCGGCCAUCCUGUCCCACAUGAUAGCCAUCAAGAACGUGUCUGUUCCCCUGCCCCGCAGUGUGCCAGGCUUGAAAAUGCCUAAGCACAUUGAUUAUGAUCAAUUGAAUGCGUUAUGCCUCCUCAGUGGGCAACAGGGCAGCUCCGUCAGCGUCCUGUCGGCGCACGGCGACUUCAUGAAGCUGUACCCCAAAGUGUUCCUGCCGCGCCGGCCCCGGCUGCCCAGGCGGCCCCCCCAGGACGCGUCCAGAAAACCCUUGGAGGCCGCAGAAGAAAGCCGGUCCCAGCAGCCUGACAAGGCGCACAACGUAGCCAUCUACGUGAAACAGGCGCGCGGUGGCCGUUCAUAUGGACCCAGAAAGUUCGAAGAGAAAUUAGAAGAAUUCCUGGCUAUUCUAAAGAAACUUCCCAUUCACAGGACGCUGCGUGAGCACAACACCGUGUGGAAGAUGCUGAAGACAGUUCCGGAUUUAACUUCUCAGCUGACAGACGACAACCUGAGAGCACUCAGUAAGAACGUCAUCUCCGAAACCUGGAUAAAGGACAGCACAGUGGUUGGAAAUGAUGGGUUUUAUGUGAUACUGAAAGGCUGGGCUCGCCCCCGAACACAGAUGUACAAAAGCCUGAUUGAGGAAGACGGGCCCAGGACCACGUUCAUCCCUCAGAGCUUCCACAGCUACGUGUGCAACGAGGACCUGGAGCGCGUGGCCCUGACGGAGCUGGAGCUGCCCCCCUGUGGCAUCCUGCUUGGACCGUGGAGCACCUUUGGAACCCUGGAAGUUACAGCCCAGGUUCAGGCGGAUCCACAGGUGUACUCGGUGGUGACAGAAGAAGACUGUGAGAUUCUGAAGAUCCCUGCAAUCAAUUAUGCAAAGUUGAAAUCGGAAAAAGCAAAAUUUGAAAAUAAGCAAAUAGUGAAAUUAAUUCGCAAGUGUCCGUACUACGAGGAGUGGCCGACUUUAUCCAUCUGUGAGCUUGUUCUGCUCGUUAAAUGGAAGAAAUUCCCUCCGGGUCACGUGAUCGUGGAAAGCGGAAAUAUAAUCCCUUUCGUGGCUUAUAUUCAUUCUGGACAUUGUAACGUUUACAGAAAUAUCGUAGGAUUCAUGAAAAUAUCGCCAAAAAAAGUGAAGAAAAUCCGCAAACUGGUCUACAUGGGUCAGCUCCAGAAGCAGGAGUCCUUCGGGGAGAUCAGUGCCCUCCUGCAGGCCCCCUUCACCUGCACGGUCAUCGCCGGGGAAGAGGUGGUCCUGGCUGUCAUCGAGGACAAGGACCUGCGCGGCAAAUCGGGGUGUCCGAGCAAGGAGAGGCGGGUGUGCUCGUUACGGAGACACCGCGGCCCAGACGUCACGCUCUGGGCUCUGCCCGAUGUGGUCGAGCUCCUUUAG